AAUUUUCAGUGAAAAAUUAAAUGGUAUCUGGGCGUAGUGAUGGUCCACCUGCAUCACGACGCCUUACGCUACCACAGUCGACAUCGUAUGAUAAAUCACGUAAACCACAUACGUUACGUUCCGGUGUUGAUGCAAAAUCUGUUCAUUUCGAUUGGAUUAGUAAGGAGUUAGAAUGUGGCAUCUGCGAAAAGACAAUACAAAAUACGAUGGUUGUGAGGAACUGUAUGCACCGCUUUUGUGCAGAUUGUAUAUUGCAAAGAAUACAUACUGGAGCAAGGAAGUGUCCUUCAUGCCAUAAAGUCCUUCCGAAAAAGACACCACUGAAGAGUGAUGCAAAUUUCGAUGCUAUUAUCAACAAGUUCACACUAUCAGUCGAAAGGAGAUGUGUGAAACGCCCGAUCACGGAGUCCAGUAAUCUGUGUUUCACCAAGAAGAGAGUGUUUGAUAAAAAAUCACCUAUCAAGCGUUUGGCAAAGUCGGAUCCAGUAGUUCCGUCAUCUUCAUCAGAACGGGCAUCACCGAAGAAUACUAAAGCGUCGAUGAAGUACGAUUCGAUAACUGAUUCAACAUCAAACACACCUUUGGAAAUAAAACCACCGUUACUGCCUAGCAUGCAUUCAGAUACAUCUGAUCCUCCGCUUACGAUUGAUGAAGGAUCUUCAGAUGGUGGUUAUCCGAAUUUCGAACAACCAGCAACAUCGCCGUGUGAAAACAGAUCAGAUGUUAAUGAUGUAGGCGAAAAGAGAAUGAAAUCGAGUCGGUUGGUAUCAAAUCACUGUGCACUAACUCCAGUCGUUGUUUUGCAGAAGUCCAGUAGUCGUGAACGAAUUAAUGGAGUGGCUGUAAAGAAUGUUCAGGUUAAUGGUAAAAACGAGCGUUCUUCAAACUGCUUGAACGUAUAUCCUAGUCCUGGUCCAUCUACACACACUGCAUCAAAUCAAGUCGAUUCAAAUAUGAAUCUUUCAACUACUGCUUCAGUUUCUGGGAUUUCAAACGGAGGUCUGCUUCAUGUCAAUGGAAACAUCAAAAGAGCAAUGAAUCCCAAAGUGGGUAAUGGACUGUUGUUAACGCCAUCUUUAGGAAGCAGUAUUCCGGCAGAAGAUGUGGUGAUGGUGUCACCACGUUCUUCGGAGUAUUUGUUGAUGUCGGGAAAGCAGCGGUUAUCAUCAGGAAUAGAGUCAGAGCUUGUUCUUAAUCCUGAUGCAAGUGUAGUGAAUGAUGACUCACUACCUAUUGCUGCUAAACAUUUACGAUACAUUGUCACGUGUCCAACAACUACAGUUGGUCAUUUAUGUGAAUACAUACGGCAACGAAUCAAAGUGGAGUCGCGCACUGAAUGGGACAGAAAACAUACCGAGAAUUGUCUACCAAAACGCGUUCUACUAUGUCCGGUAAAGUCUGAUCUGGCUCUGGAUGAUGUACUGGUGGUAAAUGAAACGGGCGAGGGUCAGUUUACAACUUUAAAUGUUGGUGAACGGAACACUGAUCCGAAAUCAGCUUCAGUUUUCACCAUCAAUUCACCAUUUACUGCUUUGGAUGAAUCGAUAACAAUUGAACAGCUGAAAGCGGAGUAUUGGGCGAAUAGGAAAAGACCACUGAAGCUUAUUUUUAAAUUCACUGGGGAUUCGUAG